AGGGUUUAGGAUGGGAAAAAUGACCACCAACGACAGAAGCAUGGACGACAAGCGGACGAUGGAACCACCUGCCAGCGAGAGCAACAGCCACGUGGUGUCGGUGGAGGACGGCAGCUGUUUCGACUACAGCGAAGCGUCAAGCGACCACACAACCGAGCCGGAGGCGCACAAGGCGUCGCCUGUCGGUGGGGCUGGUGAAGACAUGAAGACAUGUUCGCCGAUGCGUCUCCCGAGAGAUCCGUACUGGGACAACGCCAAGAUCUUCCUCGUCAUUAAUGUCUGCGUUGGGCAUUUCCUUCAGGUCAGAACGACGAAGAGCAAACACACAGAUUGGCCGCUCGCGCUACAUCGAUCUGUGUCCGUGGUGUGUGUGUUCUGCAGGUCUACAUACCGCAGGGGGAGUUUCCCAACGUCGUGGCGCGCAUCGUGUACGUCUACGCGGCGGGCUAUAUCAUGCCUUCCUUCUGCAUGAUUGUACGGAAGGAAGACAGAGAUAAGAAAGGCGAACGGGUACAUGUUUCACAACACGGUGGUGUGUGGUGUAUGCGGCUGCAUAUCUCAGUCAGGCUACUUCAGCAAUCGCACGCACAAAGACGACUACACCACGUUCAAGCAGUCCAACAGCCUACUGUAAGGAUGGAGCAAACACGAAAGACAGUCGGCCACAUUGGUACAUGCAUCGUUCGUGGUGUGUCAGUCGGGGGCUCUUCUUCCCGUACGUCAUCUUCCAAGUGAUUUACUCGCUUGUCUAUCACUUCUUCUACGAGAAGCCCGACCGAGACUUGCCCGCGUUCGGCCUCUCAGUGCAGAGCAACUAUGUGUGGCAGCCGUUCAUCCACCUGUGGUUCCUCAUGUCGCUGCUCGCAUGGCGGCUGGUCGGCCCCCAUUACAUGAGGGUCGUCAAGUACCCUCUCAUCACCUCUAUCGUCAUCGGACUGCUGGCAGGCUACUCCAAGUAGGCGAACCUAGCCGGAAAAGCCGGAAGAGCAGCUGCAGCUUCCAUUGUCUGUGUGUUGGUCUCAGUGCGACCCGGUUUCUGUCGCUGCAGCGGUCACUUGCCUACUUUCCCUUUUUCGUAUUUGGGUGGCUGAUGAAGGACACCCAGCCCCUCUUCACCCAAGCCAGACGGAAGUGCUAUACCGAAAGUGGCAUUUUGCCCUCUAAGAAUGGCUUCAUGGUAUCGGCUUCUGCGCGCUGAUGCUCGUCCCAUAGUGUUUUACGGCCUCUACGCGCCUGGCUACUGGGACUGCCCAAUAUGGUAAGUGGGUGGGUGGGGGAGGCCGUGUGCAGAUGUGGUGGUCCACUUAUGCGCACAUGUGCCACCUCAUGCAGGUUUGGGGAUCCAUAUUGGAGUGAGACUGGUGAGUGCAACUUCCCUCAGUGGUAUGCGUUCGUGGUGCGGCUGUUCUGGUACGCCUUCGACUUGCCCCUGUCCAUUGCAGUCCUGCUCGUCCUGCCGCCGUUCCGCAUCCCACACGUGAGCGACAAGUGGGGCCCGAGGACCAUGCUGCCCUACAUCGCCCACCCCCUCUUCAUCAUCGCCUUCCAGCAAGCCGGCUACUACCGAAUCGAUGGCCUCUCUGUGUCGGCCAUGGUGGCCAUAUCGUGCUUCUUGGGUCUGGCAGUGGCCGUCUUGCUGAUGACGGACUACCCGUUCGCAUUUUGGCUGCAGUAUGUGGUGGACCCGCCGUUUCUGUCGUGAUUUCUUUUCAAGAGAGACGAGAACGACACACAUGCGGCGAGGCAAAGGACACACCAGCCGGGGCGGCAGGCCGAUGCAGACUGGGCGUGAUGGACAUUCAGAGACAGAAACACCGGAAGACUCGCUCGGCUCACCACCGAGACACACCCGGAAAUCGAAGAAAAUCCUUGAUGGAUGGAUUGAUGGAUGGAUGGAUGUGUUACAUGCCCUGCUCUGUGCGUACGUACGUAUACGUAUGUGUUGGUGUGUGUAUGUGUUGUGUCUUCUCGCUGGAGAAUGGGGUGCUUGUGUGUGAAUGUCUAUGGCUGCUGUUUGUCUGUCCGUAUGAUUGCAUGUGUGUUUUUAUGUGCUGUGCUGACGGUAUGUUUCCCCUGCGUGCGCCAAAAUUGCUUAUGGAUUUGCUUUUUGUCUGCUGAAUCGGCGAUUUUCCGCUGAAGCCUUCUUACGUGGUGUUUCUGCAGCUCGCACACAUGUGAGUACCACACAUCCUGACUUGCACUGCCCGUCAAGCUUGUAUCCUGUCUCGGUGAUGUGGCAUGGGCGUUUGUUGUUGGCGUGUGGGUGUUUGGAGCGACUGCUGUCCAUCAGCAGAACUGUUUACUGAGUGUGUGGUACACACAUGCAUUCACACGCAGACGGGCACCCCAGCAGUGAGUCGGCCGGUCAGUCCCCGGCCGGCACUCAGCAAAGACCCGCAGGCACACCUAUACAGCUUCUGUAUGUGCACACACGCACACUGGAGUGGAGGGAGGUACGUACGCACCGGGCUGCACCCACGCCCUUCUCCCCCGUUCAAACGUCUGCUGCCCGGCGACUUGCCUGUCUGUCUGUCUGUCUGUCUCUGUCUGUCGGUCUCUGCAUAUCUGUAUCUUUCUCUUUGUCUCUUUUUCUUUCUCUCUGUCUCUGCCUCUCCUCCUUCCUACGUACUGGUUUGGAUGGCAAUUCCAUCAAGGUACUUGACGAGUGCUGAUGUUCUUGUACAGUCGAUUUGUGGUCUUACAUGCACAAACCGGACCUUGUCUGUCUUGUCUUAUCACCGACUGUCUGUCUUGUCUGUCGUGUCUGUCUGUCUGUCUGUUACGUGUUUGUGUAGCUCGCCUCGCAUAUGUGAAAAUACCUACCGCACAAAAUGACUGACUUGCACUGCCCGUAUUGUGUGCUGUCAUGGUGAUGUGGAUUGUGUGGCGACUUACCGCACUGUGUCUAUCGCGAUAACCCUGCUGUAGUCUGCCCGUCUCUCUGGGUGUGGUUUGCUGCAGCCAUUGUGCCCUUUGCACAUGAGAAAUGCAGCAGAGCAACGUCAGCAAGUUCUGUGCAUGAGGAAUGUGUGGUGCAUUCAUUCAUUGUGCUCGUGUCUGUGUGCAUGUUACGGUGCAGGUGCUGUGAAGGGCCAGCUCCCGAUGGCUCGCAGGACAAAAUCUCUGCUGUGAGAUGUCAGUGAAUAGGGCGGGGAGGAUGCUGGCACGGCGCUGGUUGAUCCAUGGGUUGGGUGGGUGGAUGGGUUGGUAGAGUCGGCUUCUUGUGGCAGACAGAUGGAUAGAUGUGCGACGGUGUCCUGCCUGCUUAGCGCUUCUGUCGAUGCCUGACUCAGCGACUGUUUGAAUGCUUCUAUCUUCGAGUGUGAAUGUUUCCCGCUGUUUGCGCGGAAACACAUGCAGUGAGACGGACCAAGCUUGUGCGUCGAAAUUAUGUCAACCGACGGAGCGAUAGAAGA